GGCGUGGACGAUAAGGAACCCCCUUCCACUUGAAAAUAAACGCCUAUACUCGAGUCCCCUGAUGUAUGGUCAUUAGGAGUUCGCACGAUCGGUGGAUGGGUACUAGAGGAAAGAUGUCUCUCACGAAGGUGUUGAUCGAGCAGCUCAAGAAGCACUUCACCGACAACGGUCCGGCCGGGAAAAACAAGAGCAAGGGGCAUAAGCACUAUGGCUGCAACUACUGCGAGACCCGGUUCGUUGGGUCGGCCACCAACCUCAGAGACCACUUCUUGAAGGGCAAGUGUAGUAUUGAGCGUGUCACCCGCUCAUUGGACGCAAAUGAGAGGUUGAGGAGGAUAGAGGAGAUUCGAAUGGGAACGAUGCAGGCGGAAUCCCUUAUCGAAGGGAAGGGAAGUGUGGGUGCGGGUCUGAGCAGAGCUCCCUCUCGGAGCAACUUGGUCGUCCCAUCCCCGACGGCGAGCAGGCCCCCUGUUCCGGUUGUUGGUGAGUCAAGCACACCCGUGACAUCCGAGAAUGCUGCACCGUUGGUCGGACGGCCGACGAGGCAAACCCUGAUCGAGGAAGCGGACAGCAUCAUCACCCAGAAUGAGAAGACCAGCAGACACCUGGACCGUUUCCUGAUCUGCACGAACCAACCCUUCAGCUUGGUCGAGAACUACUACUUCCUUCAGCUCAUCGAUGCAAUUAAGAAGUGUCAUCCUAGUUGGUGGCCGUGCAAGAGGGACGAGAUGAGGACGAAGCGGUUGGACGGGCAGCGCAAACUUGUUGGGGACGACAUGAUGAGUCUUGUGAGGAAAUGGGAGAGGACGGGCUGCAUGCUGCAGAUGGACGGGGGGUCGAAUAGGAGGAACAAACCACAUCUCAACGUAAUGGUUUCCUCCUCGGUUGGCACUGUGUUUUGGAAGUCCGUGUGCCUGGAAGGGAAGGAGAAGGAUUCAGCGGCCUACUUCAAGCUGUUGGAGGGAAUCAUCGAGGAGAUUGGUUCUGUCGGUUGCACGGCCCAUGCGUUGGAUUUGGCGUUGGAAGAUAUGUACAAGCAAAUGGACUGGAUGAAGGAAGUCGUCGACAAGGGAAACCGAGUGGGCAAGUUAGUGACCAACAUUAACAAGGUCCGCGCGAUGUUCAACAGAAUCACAAACGCCCAACUCAAACGUCCAGCCGUCACGAGGUUCGCAACGAACUUCGAAAUGCUGGAGUCGCUAAAGAGAGGGAGGACUUCACUUGAGCUGUGCGUCGGGAACGUGGCAUGGCUUGAGAAGUUGGUGAGGGUUGAGGAGGUGGAGGCAUUCAACGCUGUCACGCGCACCAUCGUGGACAGUGGCUUUUGGGACGAGGUCGACAGAGCAAUCGCUGUCAUGGAGCCCGUGGUCAAGUUGCUGCGUUUGGUGGACGGUCCCGGAGCGACUGUCCGCAAGGUGUACUUCGGCAUGGACGAUAUCGUCGCACAUAUGCGGAUCCUCGACUGUUUGACGGAGGAUGAGAAGUUAGCGGUGGAGAACAUUCUCAUGGACCGGUGGGCGUUCUUGACAUCCGAGUUGCAUAACGCUGCAGCCUUUCUCGAUCCAGAGUAUCAAUUGGGCACUUUCGAGACACAAAACGAAAAGGAGCAGGCCAAGCUGCAAACACCAGCACUUUGGUGGGAGGCGUCCUGGGGAUCAUUGGAGCUUCUCCAACCGCAAGCCAUCAAGCUUCUCGGCCAGGUGAGCUCUUCGGCCGCGUGCGAGCGCAACUGGAGCUUGCACCAGCUAAUAUACGGACAAUGGCGCACCAAACUCCUGCCCGAGAGACUGGUGAAGCUCGUUUACAGCAAUUGGAACAUCCAAUUGACCACGAGGCGGGACCGCGGAGAGACGGAGGACAACAACAUUCCUUGGAAGGACAAUGACCUUGCGAAGACGGAGGUGGAGGAGUGGUACAAAGACUGGACAAGGCAGGUCAUUGAUGGAAGAGCCACUGAUGCAGCCGUGGCGAAGGUCGCAGAUGAAGAUGAUGAAGAUGGCCCUUUGGUGCGCACGUGGCAAAAGAACGACGCGGAGGACGACCUUGCAGACAAGGAGGAUGACAUCGCCCUGCUCUGCUCAGUGCAACGCGCCUGGCAUGCGAACACGAAGUCGAGGAAGCACCGAGUCCGCGAUUGGGUGUACGGGAGAGAGGAGGUGUCAGGGCAUCGGCAACGGAAACGAAAGGCAGCAACACCCGAGCCCGAUGAAGCAGGGCCAAUGCGCAAGGGGAAGAGUAAGGAAGGAGGCAAUGAAGUCGCGUCGCCGAAAAGGAAGGAGGGGCGGCCUCCUCUUUCACCUGCAAAGAAGGUUGUGAAUGCAGCAGCGAAGGUUGCAAAGAAGGUCGCAGAAGAUGAAGAGGCUGCAACCAAGGCAGCAAAAGGAUCCGGUGCAGCAGAUGCAAGGCCAAAGAGGAAGCGUGCGCGUUGGGUCAUGGAGGACGACGAUGACAAUCUGCAAUCGUCUUCAUCGUCAUCUUCCUCUGAAGAAAGAGCCCAAUCGUCAUCAUCCUCGUCAUCAUCGGAGGAGGCUUUCGAGGACGAGCAGUCGCAGGAGGAGUCUGGCAGAGAGCACGAGUCAGGAGAGGAGGCACAGUAGACCGCACAAUCCGCACAUCACGUAGAUACAAUCGAGUGUCCAGUGGACGAGCAGUCACAGUAGUGUUCAUAUCGUUGCCUGUUUAUGA